AUGCAAGUCAAGUGGGUUAUAGUUACUUGUGCUUUACUUCUCUCUCUCGGUUUAUUAACCGACGCUAAAAAGAAAUCUAGAGAGGAAAACGAAGAAGAAGAAGAAACUGAUACUGACACUGACACAGAUACUGAAACAGACACCGAUGACGAUACCGAUGAUGAUGAUGAUAAAAAAGGUAACACUGAAGAAGAAUUGGAAGAAUAUACCGAAAUAUUUGAACACAUUGAAGAAUAUCGAUCAGAUGUAAAAUCAAAGGGCAAAAAAGUAGUAAAAAAUAAAAAAGAUACCUCAAAUUCGAAAACAAGUGAUACUGAUGAUGAGACAAGUGACAGUGACGAUGAGACAAGUGAUGAAAGUGACGCAUCUGAUGAUGAUUCUGAAAGUGAAGAAGAUGAUGAAAAAACAAAAAAAUCGAAAACUGCACAACAGUCAAAAUCUUCAAAAACCACAAAAACAAAACUACCAUCAACAAAGAAAACUUAA